AAAGGCGACAUUUCUGCCCAUCUUCCCAACUCGUCGUACCCCACUCUCUCUCUCUCUCUCCUAGUGAGCCACACUACUCCGGCACUUCAAAGGUUCAUGACUGGCAAGGAUGGCUGGUCGUCAUCCGUGGUGGAGACCAUAGCAGGAUUCACGGCAGGAAUAGCUACGACGCUCUGCCUGCAUCCGCUGGAUUUGAUCAAGACUCGACUCCAGGUUGACCGGACUUAUUCCUCUCGAGUCGGUGGUUCCCUUCGAAUUAUACGUCAAAUCUUCCAUGAUGAAGGCGGGUUAGCCGCGUUCUACCGAGGUCUGACACCCAACAUCAUCGGUAAUUCGACAAGCUGGGCACUUUACUUCCUGCUAUAUGGAGAUAUUAAGGAUGCGAUUAGCAAUUGGCGCUUGCGCCACUCCCCGAAAGAUGGAUCGCAGCCGCAGCAGCUCACAUCAUCCGACUACUUUAUUGCAUCCGGAACCGCAGGAGCCCUAACCUCCGUCCUGACUAACCCAAUAUGGGUAAUAAAGACCCGUAUGCUAGCUACGGGCUCCAAAUCACCUGGCGCAUAUACUUCCUUCAUCACCGGCGCAGUGCAGAUCCUCCGCUCAGAGGGUCUCCCGGGCUUCUAUCGUGGACUAGUACCGUCAUUGUUCGGGGUCAGUCACGGUGCUCUGCAAUUCAUGGCAUAUGAGAAGCUGAAGCUGUAUCGGACUCGCGUGUCUUUACUAGACACUGAAGAAUCCGCUUCCUCUCGAGCUACCGCGGCGGAGAGAAAGCGCGAGCUGAAUAAUCUAGACUUCUUUGUCACGUCCAGCAUCUCAAAGAUUUUUGCGGGCUCCAUCACAUAUCCGUACCAGGUCCUUCGGUCGCGGCUGCAGACGUAUGAUGCGCACAUUGCGUAUCGAGGUCUUCAGGAUGCGAUUGCGCAGAUUUGGGUCACGGAGGGACUGGGUGGAUUUUACAAGGGCCUUGGACCGAACUUGUUCCGCGUGCUGCCCAGUACUUGGGUUACCUUUUUGGUGUAUGAAAAUACUAGAUCGUAUCUACCAAGGAGACUGUUAGGCAGUUGAGGACAUGCGUUGAACUUGUCCUUGAAAACAACGCAUUGAUUCUAGACGCUUGGGGAAACCAUGAGUUCAAUUUUUCUGAUAAGCAUUAAUUAUAGAUUAGUUAUUCUUAGGGCCGUCUAGAUCUUGAGACUCCCCACUAGCCUCCCCACAUAUAGCAAACUAACCAUAGACUCCGCACAUCUUCAACGUUCUUUCAUAUAAAAACACCGAUUAUGAUGCGUUAUCCAAACCCAGCAUGAGAUUAAGAGAUACGCCCUUUUCCAUGCAACCCUUCUGCGCAGCCAUGAUAUCCGUAAUCGCUGCAGAGCUAGAUAUGAUAGAGGAAACAAAAAAAAAGAAAAAGAAAGCCGCAACAAAUGAGACUUCGCACCUUGAACAUACCUGGUAUCGUCGCAGCAUGAAGCACAAAAUGAAAUAGCAAGAACAAUCCAACAACCAAACUGAAUUACAUAAAGAGAGAAAGAACAAUCAGAAGGAGGAAAGAUGGCGCGGAGAAGAAAUACCAUCAUUGCCCCUGUCUCUCGAUAUAGUAGGGCUCUGUAUCUUCUUCGUCACUACUUGACGCCCCGGUAUAAACGGAGUCCUCAUAACUCCCACGCCGCGCCUUGUCGUCAACGCCGGACCGUCGCCGGCC